UGGGCAGUGCGCCGUGUGCUUUUGAGGUUAUUCGUCGAUAUUUGCAUCGAGUGAUUUUCCAGUGGCAACGUCUGACAGCGUCGAAUCAGCAUACAAAUCAUUUUUCCUGUUUCUAAUUUUUAAGCGGAGCUAUCAUGGGCCCGCCAAAGCGAUUCAAAAAAGACUAUGACAAGGGCAAAUGGAAAAAACGUAAGGAAGAUCACGAUGAAUAUUUUGAUGAUGACCACGGUGACGGUGGCGAUACCGAGGGCAUUCCUGAUGCGGCUAAAAAUGAUAUUGAAAAACAAGAUGAAGGGGCUGUUGAAGACGAAUUUGGAGCCAAAGACUAUCGUUCGCAAAUGAUCUUAAAGCCUGAUAACACGUCGAGGCCACUAUGGGUGGCUCCAAAUGGACACAUAUUCUUGGAGUCAUUUUCACCGGUGUACAAACAUGCUCACGAUUUUUUAAUCGCUAUUUCCGAGCCCGUUUGUCGCCCAGAGCACAUUCAUGAGUAUAAACUGACUGCCUAUUCCUUGUAUGCAGCUGUGAGUGUGGGCCUCCAAACCCAUGAUAUCAUCGAAUACCUAAAACGGUUGAGUAAAACUAGCAUCCCAGAUGGUAUCAUUGAAUUCAUACAACUGUGCACGUUAUCUUAUGGAAAGGUGAAAUUGGUCUUGAAACACAACAAAUACUUUGUGGAAUCUCCAUUUCCAGAAGUGUUGCAGAAACUGCUUAAAGAUCCAGUCAUUCAAGAAUGCAGGUUGAGAAGGAACUUGGAUGAGACUGACAAAGAUGGUUUUAUUACCAAUGUUCAAGAUAAAACAAAAGCUCCUCAGUUUGGAGCGAAAACAACAGCUACUGCUACUCCAACAACAGCACCAGCCUCAGCUGAAGGAAAUGGAGAGCAACCGGCAGCAGAGCCAGUAGCAGUGCCUGAAGAUAUCUCAACAUUUUAUGACAAAAUUGAUAAAGAGGAUGAAGAUGAGGAGGAAGAAGCACAGCUGAAAACUGUUAGCUUUGAAGUCAACCAGGAAAAAAUUGAGGUUAUUCAAAAAAGAUGUAUCGAGUUAGAGCAUCCUUUACUCGCAGAAUACGAUUUCAGAAAUGAUACGGUUAAUCCUGACAUAAAUUUUGACCUGAAACCAUCAGCCGUGCUGCGACCAUACCAAGAAAAGAGCUUAAGAAAGAUGUUUGGUAACGGACGAGCCAGGUCGGGUGUUAUCGUAUUGCCUUGUGGUGCUGGUAAGAGUUUAGUUGGCGUAACGGCUUGCUGUACAGUACGGAAACGUGCUUUGGUGCUUUGUAAUUCUGGAGUAUCAGUUGAGCAAUGGAAACAGCAGUUUAAAAUGUGGUCGACAGCCGACGAUUCCAUGAUUUGCCGAUUUACAAGCGAAGCUAAGGAUAAGCCAAUGGGUUGUGGUAUUCUGGUAACAACUUACUCGAUGAUAACACAUACGCAAAAACGGUCGUGGGAAGCUGAACAGACCAUGAAGUGGUUGCAAGAACAAGAAUGGGGUAUUAUGGUUUUAGAUGAAGUACACACGAUACCUGCGAAAAUGUUUCGUCGAGUUUUGACCAUUGUUCAAUCCCACUGCAAACUCGGACUGACAGCAACCUUGUUAAGAGAGGAUGAUAAAAUUGCAGAUCUGAAUUUUCUAAUUGGUCCAAAACUCUAUGAAGCUAACUGGCUUGAGCUUCAGAAAAGAGGAUUUAUUGCCAGGGUACAAUGUGCUGAGGUCUGGUGUCCCAUGACUCCAGAGUUUUAUAGGGAAUACCUGAGUUGUAAGACAAGCAAGAAACUGUUGCUUUACGUCAUGAAUCCGAGUAAAUUUCGUUGCUGUCAGUAUUUGAUUCGAUAUCACGAAAGACGAGGUGAUAAGACGAUCGUUUUCUCCGAUAAUGUUUUCGCACUGAAACAUUAUGCAAUCAAAAUGAAUAAACCCUAUAUUUACGGGCCUACCAGUCAGAGUGAGCGCAUACAAAUCCUCCAAAACUUCAAGUUCAAUACAAAAGUGAAUACAAUAUUUGUGAGCAAAGUAGCCGACACAUCAUUUGACUUGCCAGAAGCGAAUGUUUUGAUACAAAUAUCCUCUCACGGCGGUUCUAGGAGGCAAGAAGCUCAAAGAUUGGGUAGAAUUUUACGAGCUAAAAAAGGCGCAAUUGCUGAAGAGUAUAAUGCUUUCUUUUACACCUUGGUAUCACAGGAUACAAUGGAAAUGAACUAUUCAAGGAAGAGGCAAAGGUUUCUUGUCAAUCAAGGAUAUGCUUAUAAAGUUAUCACCAAACUAGCUGGAAUGGAUGAGGAACCCGACUUAAUGUAUAAAACACGUGAGGAACAAGGUCAACUAUUACAACAGGUAUUGUCAGCAAGUGACAUGGAUGCGGAUGAGGAAAGGAUUCCGGGCGAAGGGCCAAGACCUGCAAUGAGGAGGCCUGGAAACAUGGCAUCCAUGUCAGGUGCUGAUGACACAGUAUAUUACGAAUACAAAAAAUCCGCCGCAUCAUCGACAGCAAAUAAGCAUCCGUUAUUUAAAAAGUUCCGAACCUAAAUUUGUAUUUAUAUUUCACAUGUGUUGACGUAAAUUAUACAGUGGGGUUUUCCACCAGUUAUUUCGUACUCGUUCAGCUUCUCUCAGUCGCAUGCCCCGUUGUUAUAAGUUAAAUCUGUUGAAGAGGUGAUUGUAAAUGCAAAAAGUCGACGCAUAUAACAUCCGCUGGAUAUAUCAGAUUCGAUCUCAAUAAAUUUCAUCUUUGUCUACAUGGAUAAAAUCUUUCAGCGAACUGUUGUACUAAUUUACAGAAAGAAUUCCGACUUUCAAUAGUACAUCAACUUCUAAUCCAGUUAAACUUCGUCACAUUAUUUCUAAUCCGAUCAAAUUAUUGAUUCGACAUGAAACUUUUGACAAGCACCUAUGUCGAAAUAAAUGCUACUUGAAACGAUUAAAGGGGAACAAUCAGAACUAUAUUAUCUGUGAUAAAUAUUCUGUUAUCUAAUUUUUUGUACGUGCAUUCAUGUUUUACAUUACCCUUACACAAAUUAACAUUGACUCAUUACUAUCCUUUGUGAUUGUACCACGAAAGCCUUCGUGAUUGUAUCAUGAAAGUAGAACCAGCCGUGAUUAGUAACCUAAGCUUAUUGAUCUAAAUAAUAUACCGUGUUGAUAAGA